AUCAGUCUCUCCUGCCAAUGCGUCAAUACAGCGUCCAUUAAGAGGGACCCGCCACAAUACUCGUCUCUAAUUCUGUACGCUGGCCGGGAGCCGGAUAAAUCCGGCUCAACCUAAUGAGGGAUAUAGAGCAACGACGCUUCUGAGUUCUGAGCCUGCAUUCUACGAUGAAGCCGCUGAUGGAAAUCAACAUUAUCCAACAAUUCAGGUGGCAGCCGAAUUCUUUCAAGGCUCACGGUGCUUCUUCUGCAGGCGGAGCCUGCCAGUGCGUCAAUACAGCGAUAUUAAAACAUAUAUUGGUACGGAGAAUGCCAAGCGCAAUGUGCUUGGUACCGUGGAGCUGCAAGAACAAGUCGCGCUUUGUAUUCAAAGGCACACCCGGAGCCGCGACGGUGCAAAGAGGAAGCAGAAGACGAAGAACCAGCGGUGAAGAAUCGAAUGGAUAUCGGUGCCGCAAAAGACUGGAAAGACGAGGCUCAUGAUCUGCACCCGGUGUGCGCAUCCCUCGCAAGCAGCCCUUGGUUCUCUCCGUGAAACUGGGAAAACCAUCCCGUGCGAGAACGAGGAUAACGUUAUGGGAUCAGGAAGAUCUGCAGCCGGAAUCGGACUUUGAACCGUCGUCGUUCACUAGCCAGCACACAGCGGCAACCUCGAACGCCGCGUCCGGAUAUUAAAGAAACCAUGAAAGGUAUUCUUUUUCCUGUUUUCGACUUGACCGCUAAUCAAUCAAUCCAUUUAUCAGUUAGACUGGGAUCGAAUCGUUGGUGUCGUCAUACGCAGUGGCGCUUUGGCCGCAGUACAGGGAAGGGAUGCAUGUAAGGGUAGGGGGGAAAGAGAAAGAAGGGGAAGGAGAAG